CGGCCGUUGGCCACGCCCCCAAGGCCAGCCCCCGCUGCGUCCCCGCCAUGUCGGAGGAGAAGCGCCGGUUUUCCAUCCAGGAUGGCGUGGAAGCGGAGAAGGAGCACAUCGAGCUGAGAGUUGUCGGGCAGGACGGCUCCGUGGUGCACUUCAGGAUCAAGCAGCACGCUCCGCUGAGCAAGCUGAUGACGGCGUACUGCGGCCGGCAGGGCUUGUCACUGAAGCACAUUAUGUUCCUGUUUGAUGGACAGCCAAUUAAAGAAGCAGACACACCUGCACUGCUGGAGAUGGAACAUGAAGACACGAUUGAAGUGUACCAUCAGCAGACAGGUGGAGGGUGCUAAGACACAGCAUCUUUUGGAGAACAAUUUGAGGAUCCUCAUCACACCUCACUCUCUUGUCUGUCCCUAGAUUUGUUGUUUUAUUAGGGAACAAAUGAACAUGUCAGUCACACAGGGCUCUUUGAAACUUCAGAGGAUAUUUACCAAAGUUGCUUGUUGUCUUUGACAUUCUGGGUGCAGGAGUCAAAAUAGUAUCUGCAGGGAUUGAGCUGUGUCUGAAUUUGACCAUUUUAUGUUCAGAUUAAGUUAUGUGUGUUGUCUCACUGAUGUUAGCCCUUUUUUUUAAUGUAUCGUUUGUAUUAUUUUUUUUUCUUUCCUUAAAAUUGUGGCCUAUGCACUUAUUCAUGUGUUGGGACCCUGAGUGUUCAUUCCUGGCUCUGGUUGGUCUUGCACCUCUCUUUUAACUCAAAUUAUAUAAAUAGUUCAAGGUAUUUUCAUGCCAAGUGUCAGCAUAAAACUUUCCUUUUAAGAUGCACCUGAGAGAAGAAACAGAGACACAGGUUUUUUAAGUUUUUAGCUCAUGUUACAAAUUCAGUCAGUCCCUUGGGCAGCAUCGUGCCCUUGACUGGGGCUAGAACACAAUACAAUGCUUAGGAUAGGAUUGAAUACUUCAGGUUUACAUGUGUUUUUUCAUAUUGUGAUAAAGUCAGCCAAAAUAUACAUUAAUGCAGUUUUUUUUUUUUUGUCCUGCACUAUUGUAGAACUAAAAUGCUUGUGAUAGAGCAGCUGUAUUUUUUUUUUUUUGUGGUGCAAGCUUGUAAAAAUCCCAUCACUGAAAUUCCAGGUGUUUGCUGAGGGCUGGGCAGCAUCGGUCCCUUUGCCCUGCUCCUUUAACUUUGACUCUUUGUCUGUGAGCUCAGGUUUCUUUUUAACCUUUUUGGUAGGUAAACUUGGUAAAUGGGGGCUGGAGAAUGCUUUUUAAUGUCACUGAACUGUGCAGAAGAGCUAGUAAGUGAAGAGAGACAUUUAGGUGUCUUCAAAAUAAUAAUGACAAAUACUAAUAAACUGCUCUCCUGCUUCUCCAA